AUGCGGAAAAUUCCAAAACUCUCACAAAGCUUCGACAGAAGCUCUGCGUCAUUAGGUCUGCGAAAGCGACUCAACAUUGGAAAUAAUAGAUCAUCGGCAAUUCGUAAUUCAAAAGAAGUCGAAGCUGUGGACUUGAUGCUGGAUGUAAACUUAUUUGUUCAGAACGAUCACAAUGAUAACCGAAAUGAAGAAUUCCAUGGUGGCGGUAAUCAGAAUGAGAUAUCCUGCGUUGGGCAGAUGUUGGAUGACGGGAACGGGAAUGUAAGUGAACAAAAAAAAGCAGGAACAAUUACAUAUGAAAAGCAGUUCUCUUCAAACAAAACUGACGAUCAGGAAACAAGCAAAAGCAGGAGGGUGCUUUGCGUAGCAGAUGGUUCUCAUAAUAGUUCAAAGGAAACUGAGAUGAAUAUAUUUUCCUCUAAGAAUGAAAUUUGUAACUUUCAAAGCGAAGCAUUAGGAAAUCAAGCUGAAUGUGAAACAGCAGAGUCAGAAUCUGGUAUGAGUCAGUGUAUAGAAGUCGUUGACAAUAUAAAAAAUUUGGCCGUACAUAACGAUCAGUUUGAUAUGAAAAUGAUGUCAAACGAAAUAUCCAAAAGUGUUGCGUGCAAUAGCACAUUAAUACAAACCACAACCCUUAUGAAGGGAAGAGAAGAACUAUUGGCCGAAAGUAUUAUUGAUGAAGAAAUGAAGCAGUUACUUGCUUAUAUUUCAAAUAAACGACAACUCAGGGGUGUUGAGAAAAUGAAAACAGAAAAAAUACUGGAAUUGCGUGCUGAGGAAGCCAAACAACUUGGAAUUGGUUUGAAAAGUUAUCUCAGAAAAAUGCGACAGCAGAUGAUUUAG